AUGGGCGGGCCCCUGACCUUACUGGCCGCGCUCUGGGCGUUGGAGGCUGCCAGAGCCCAGGCGCUGCGCAUUGGAGCUUUCAACAUCCAGAGCUUCGGAGACAGCAAAGUGUCGGACCCGGGCUGCGGCGGCGUCAUCGCGCAAAUCCUGGCUGGCUAUGACGUCAUGCUCGUGCAGGAGGUCCGAGACCCCGACUUGAGCGCCGUGUCCGCUCUCAUAGAGCAGAUCAACAGCGUGUCCAAGCACGAGUACAGCUUCGUGAGCAGUGAGCCCCUGGGUCGGGACCAGUAUAAGGAAAUGUACCUGUUUGUCUACAGGAAGGACACGGUGUCGGUCGUGGACACGUACCAGUAUCCGGACGCCGAGGACGCCUUCAGCCGGGAGCCGUUCGUGGUCAAGUUCUCGGCGCCCGGCUCCGCCGCCAAGGAGUUCGUGUUGAUUCCGCUGCACGCGGCUCCGCACCACGCCGUGGCCGAGAUCGACGCGCUCUACGACGUGUACCUGGACGUGAUCGACAAGUGGGGGACCGACGACAUCCUGUUUCUGGGCGACUUCAACGCCGACUGCAAAUACGUGAGGGCGCAGGACUGGCCGGCCAUCCGCCUGCGCAGCAGCGAGGUCUUCAAGUGGCUCAUCCCGGACAGCGCCGACACCACGGUGGGCAACUCGGACUGCGCUUACGACCGCAUCGUGGUCUGCGGCUCCCACCUGCGCAAGAGCCUGAAGCAUCAGUCAGCCACCGUGCACGACUUCCAGGAGGAAUUCGGCCUGGACCAGACUCAGGCCCUGACCAUCAGUGACCAUUUUCCUGUGGAGGUGACCCUCAAGUCCCACUGA